AUGAGCCGCCCCCAAGCUGCCUUGACCACGUGGUGGAAGAAGUACGCGCCCGAGACGGGCCGCGUCGUGCGCACGCUCUCGCCGUACGAGCAGCGCCCGAAGGCGCUCCGCAAGGUCCAGGAAAACGCGCUUGUGCUCGUCCCUUCGUUCUUCUUGCUCUGGGGCACGGUUGCCUGGGCCAAGGGCGAGAACGACCGCUACCACCGCACCCACUGGGCUUAA